AGAAUCGAAGGUCAAAUGAAAUUCCCGGUCAUAGUCAUAAUGAAAAUGAGUUGUUAUUGUUUUUUAUAUUGAGGUUAGGAUUUUAUGAUUUUCUUGAAUGCUUUGAUAAUUAUAUUUAAGGAUUUUUACUGUCAAAAUAAUAUUGAAGCUUCAGCAAAAACUUUUCCUCAUCAAAUUAUUACAUUUGAUUUAUUAUUAGACUUGAAAAAGAAUACCUACUUCCUAUAUCCAGAGAUGGAUGAUCAAGCAUGCCCAAGAUGCAAAACAACAAAAUAUCGAAAUCCUUCUUUAAAACUUAUGGUCAACGUAUGUGGACAUGCAUUAUGUGAAAGUUGUGUCGAUCUUCUCUUUUUAAAAGGAUCUGGUUCUUGCCCGGAUUGUGACGUUCCAUUGAGACGCAGCAACUUCCGUGUUCAACUUUUCGAAGAUCCUGCUGUUGAAAAAGAAGUCGAUAUUAGGAAAAGAGUAUUGAAGGAUUUCAAUAAGAAGGAAGAAGAUUUCAGCUCACUUAACGACUACAAUGACUAUUUAGAGACCGUUGAAACCAUAAUUUUCAAUCUGACCAAUAAUAUUGAUGUGAUGGAAACAAAUAAGAGGAUUGAACAGUAUAAGAGGGAAAACAAAGAAAUAAUUUUGAAAAACAAGAUUAAAAUUGGAAGGGAAGAGCUGGAGCUGGAAGAAUUACUAGAGGAGGAGAAGCAUAUUGACCAGAUAAGGAAGAAAGAAAUUGUCAAGGAAGAGUUGGAGUUGAAGAGGAAGAAAAUUAAAGAGAAAGAAGACCUAAUAGAUGAGCUAAUGUUUUCUAGUCAAGAUGCCAAGAAAAUUGUCAACGAAUUCGCUCAAAUUAGUCAAGCUGCCAAAGAAAUGGAACAAACGAACAAACCAGCUGCUGCUCCCGCUAGAGCUACGCAGUUCUCAACUGGUAUUAAAUUUGGAAGGAGUUCACAACAGAGUGUCUAUCAGAUACCGAUCAUCGAAGACGGUCCACUCUACACUUACAGCGAACCUGAAAAAGUAGUGGACGGUCCCGAACCACCGGCAUGGAGUGAGAUAGAGACAGCUAGGUACAUUGUGCAUAUGCGGCCCGAAACAGUCGAAGAGAGAGCUGGAGGAUACACGGCCAAUAUUGCUUGUAUGAGGGCAUUGCAAGAGGCGUUCAUGGGACUCUAUCAUGUUUCACGGCCAGAGCAAGAUCAAAGUAGUUGAGAAGUUAGUGCAAUCGAUGUGUUCACUCCUACUAAAUCGUCCGUUGGUGUUAUCGCAAACGUAUAUCCCAAAGAUGAAUUUCGCUACCUAACUGUAUGUAUGUCGCAAGUAAACAUAUACAAUCUGUAAAUACUGUCUGUAAUUAUAUUGAAUAGUUUUUUAAGAAAAUGAUUUCGACCAAUUUUUAUAAUUCCUCUAGCAAAUAAAACAUUUACCUCAA